AGGUGCUGUUGGGAACACAGAGGAAGUGACUGACUGGGGGUUCAGGGAAAGCUCCGUAGAAGAGGGAACACUUGAGCUGGGUCUUGAAGGAUGAGUAGAAGUUCACCAAGUGGGAAAGGACACUCUAGGAUGGCCGAGCCUCGAUUUAACAACCCCUACUUCUGGCCCCCUCCUCCCACCAUGCCCAGCCAGCUGGACAACCUGGUCCUGAUUAACAAGAUCAAGGAGCAGCUGAUGGCAGAGAAGAUCCGGCCACCGCACCUGCCACCCACGUCAGCGUCGUCGCAGCAACCGCUGCUGGUGCCGCCAGCGCCAGCCGAGAGCAGCCAGGCGGUCAUGUCACUGCCCAAACUGCAGCAGGUGCCCGGGCUGCACCCUCAGGCUGUGCCUCAGCCGGAUGUGGCUCUGCACGCUCGGCCCGCCACCAGCACUGUCACAGGUUUGGGGCUCUCUUCCCGGACCCCUGCUGUGAGCACAUCUGAGUCAAGCGCAGGCACGGGUACCAGCACCCCAUCCACACCCACCACCACCAGCCAGAGCCGCCUCAUCGCCUCAUCCCCCACCCUCAUCUCAGGGAUCACCAGCCCCCCCCUCCUGGACUCCAUCAAGACAAUCCAGGGCCACGGCCUGCUUGGCCCCCCCAAGGCUGAGCGAGGCCGAAAAAAGAUCAAGGCGGAGAACCCAGGGGGGCCUCCUGUCCUCGUUGUCCCCUACCCCAUCUUGGCCUCAGGCGAGACCGCUAAGGAGGGCAAGACAUACAGGUGUAAGGUCUGCCCGCUUACCUUCUUCACCAAGUCUGAGAUGCAGAUCCACUCCAAGUCGCACACAGAGGCCAAGCCCCACAAGUGCCCGCACUGCUCCAAGUCCUUUGCCAAUGCCUCCUACCUGGCCCAGCACCUGCGCAUCCACCUGGGUGUGAAGCCCUACCACUGCUCCUACUGUGAUAAGUCCUUCCGACAGCUCUCCCACCUCCAGCAGCACACCAGAAUCCACACAGGUGACAGACCUUACAAGUGCCCACAUCCUGGCUGCGAAAAGGCUUUCACUCAGCUCUCCAACCUCCAGUCUCACCAGCGCCAGCACAACAAGGACAAGCCCUACAAGUGUCCCAACUGUUACCGGGCCUACUCAGACUCCGCCUCCCUGCAGAUCCACCUGUCAGCCCACGCCAUCAAGCACGCCAAGGCGUACUGCUGCAGCAUGUGUGGGCGGGCCUACACCUCGGAGACCUACCUGAUGAAGCACAUGUCCAAACACACGGUGGUGGAACAUCUGGUGAGCCAUCACUCGCCCCAGAGGACGGAGUCCCCCGGCAUCCCAGUGCGAAUCUCCCUCAUUUGAGCCGACCCAAGGUGCCGCCCCGCUCGGCCCGCUGGCAGACACAGACCCACCCAGGCAGCACCAUGCCCCAGCUCCCUCUGGGGGCCUCCAGGAACAGCCUAGCUCUCACGACCUUCCCCACCUUUCAGGAGGCCUGGGCCACAGAAGUCCUACCCAGUCCGGCUCCGGGGCAGCCAGGCCAACCUCAAGAUUCUGGACUGUUCUGGUAGCAUCCAAAGACGAUCUCAGAGCACUUUGAAUCUCUCUGUUGAGUUUUCUUUUUGUUCCCCACCCUUCACUUUCUUCACUGUUUUUUUUCUUUUGUUUUUUGUUUUUAAGUUUGUUUUGGAAAUAGCAGGAAAAAAGAUAUUUAUUGGCCAAGAUGUUGGUGCUGCUAAGACCGAGAAAUUAAGAGAAUCUGAUAGACACAGAGAACCAGAUGGUAGCGUGGAACCUUCUCUUGCCACGGCCUCAUGUCUUGAGGGAAGGCUCAGGCCAGGUUUCUGGACUGCACAGAGGAUCCCCUAGGUGGGAGGGGGCAAGACGCAACUGGUGUGAGCUCCUCACCCCUGGGUGCCCAGUUGGCACCCUCCAGCGGUGCCUUGGGCAUCACUGAACAGAGGGACGAGGCAACUCCCAGGGCUGCCCAGGCUUCAGGAGGCGGAAACCAGAGAGGGGCCAGGAGAUCUGCAGGACCAAAGGGUGCAG